GCCUGCACAGCUCGCAUUACCAGUAUGGUCUAGUACUUUAUACCGAUACGUCUUAAAAGCGUUGGGUUAGCUUUGACUGAUCUUCGUGUCAGCAGCGUCGCCUCAUAUCGAAUUUUAGCAGCUCUCCAUUAGCAGCUAGAGUUACAAAGCAAAAGCUAUAUUCCAGCAUGGCGGGCCCAGAUGUGGAGGUUAGUCCCAGCGACUUGCGCUUCCGCUUUCAACUCAACAAGCAGCUUCUAGCAACCAUCAAUAUUAACAAUCCAAGUAGCCAGCGGGUUGCAUUUAAGAUCAAGACUACCGCGCCAAAGAAGUAUGUCGUGCGGCCCAGCUCGGGAGUGGUGGAAUCUGGCUCCAACGUGAGCAUCCAAGUCAUUAUGCAGGCCCAGAAAGAGUACGCGGCCGAGUUCGCCAAUUGCAAAGAUAAGUUCAUGGUUCAAACCACCGUGCUGGGAGAAUCGGAGCAGAUUGAAAAAGACACGUUUAACAAGGAUGUACGCAAAGACCUCAAGGAGUAUCGGCUGCGGGUCACCAUCGAGGGACCGGCAGCCCCACCGUCACCCGUCCCGGAGGCGAAUGAGGCCGACGACGAAGCUACCGCCGUGCGCAGUGCAGCUGUACCCCCUGCCGCACCAGUAUUGCCGCUGGCCCCAACCGCUGCAGCUGAGCCCGCCGUUGACCCACGGGUUCGCAACGCCCUGGACAACCUGCAUGCUGCAACAGUAGAGAAUCAGCAGCUCAAAGGACAGGUUGAAAGGCUGCAGCGUGAACGCGAUGAGCUUCGGCGACAGCUUGACAGCUUCCAACUGCAAGGCGCUGCGCUGAAGACUGGCGCUGCAGCCCCACAACAGGCGGCCGCGGCACCCAAGCCGCAGGUGCCACUUGCAAUCAUCUUGCUUGCGGCCAUCAUCGCUUUUCUACUCGGGCAUUACAUGCGCUUCUAA